AUCCCUUCCUUUGUGAUUUCCCCCAAUUUCACUUUUCUUCGCACACCCACUACUUUGAUUGCUGAAAAAGUUUGUUGGGGUUGAAAGAAACAGACAGAAAUCCCAGAGAGAGAAAAGGGCGUUUUUAGGGUUCUUUCGUUCAAUUUGCAAGAAAUCAAAUCCAUUCUACAACACAAUUAUACCUCCUUCCUUUUUUCGUGUUCGUCUCCUCCGAGUUUCCCAUCGAUUUUCCCUACCUUUUUUCUCGAUGUUGUUCAAAAACAUGUGAAUUCAUGGCCUGAUUAUGUUCUUGAAUGGUUCGUGUUCGAUUCUCCGUCGAUGAAAUUAGAGAUUAAGUAUCGGGAAUUCGUUUGAUUUUAUGGGGUUUUCGUUGGAUGAAAUUUGAGAUUUAGGGCUUGAUUUUGAUAAUUUCUUCUAAUUGAGGAUCUCUUCUUGAAAGUAGGUGGGGUUUUGGUGAAAUUUGUGUUUUGUAGAGAUGUAUAUUGAGGAACUGAAAGAGGGUGGCGAUGGCGAUGGCGAUGGUGAUGGGUGUCGGGAUGUGUAUGUUGAAUUUUCCGGCGAUGGUGCAGUGGUGGUCUCCAAUACGAAAAGGGUGUUGGUCGGAGCAGGUGCUCGUGCUCUGUUUUAUCCAACGUUGUUGUAUAAUGUUGUCAGAAACAAGAUUCAAAACGAGUUCCGGUGGUGGGAUAGGAUUGAUCAGUUCAUAUUGUUAGGUGCCGUACCGUUUCCUACUGAUGUUUUACGCUUGAAGGAACUUGGCGUUAAUGGCGUCGUUACACUUAAUGAAUCAUACGAGACUUUGGUUCCAACGUCACUCUAUCAUGCUCAAGGAAUUGAUCAUUUGGUGAUUCCGACACGAGAUUAUCUAUUUGCUCCAUCAUAUGACGAUAUUUGCAAGGCUGUGGAGUUCAUCCAUGAGAAUGCAUUUGCUGGCAAAACAACAUACGUCCAUUGUAAGGCUGGGCGGGGGCGAAGUACAACCGUCGUUCUUUGUUACUUGGUGAAGCACAAGCAGAUGACACCUGAUGCUGCAUACGAAUACGUGAAGUCGAUUCGACCAAGGGUGCGGUUAGCCGCAUCCCAGUGGCGGGCUGUUCAAGACUACCAUCUUAGAAUAAAAGAACACCCAAAGGUCUCGACCUUCACACCCAAAUUGGAUUUUGAACCGUUUGAUGAUGCAGCCGUUGUGUUGGUAGCAGAAUCGGAUCUCGAGGGUUACAAUGAGAGUUUUGACAACUACAUUCUAGCGGAAUUGAGCUUGGUUUGUAGGGCACAGUUUGCGAGUCAGGCGGCCAUGGCUAGACUUUCUUGCUUGUGGCUCCGAUGUCAUGAUGCUGUUCAGAAAAUUCCGAUUCCAAUUCCGACAAAGGAAUUGGGCGGUUCUGAACAGAUCCAGGUUCAUUAAGCUGUCUGUAGGAAUGGUGCAAACCAAACGUACAGAUGAAGUUACGAUUUCCGAAGUGUUUACAUGGAGAGUCUAAGUGUCUUUGUUACGUAUAAAGGAAUAACAACCGAAGAUGUAAAUUAUAAGCCAAAAGAAACAAAUGGUUUGUGUGUGUA